AUGGACGUGAUCGAGGAUGACGAUUUCGACCUCGACGAGAUGCUCGGCGUCGAGACCGCCGAGGAGCCGGCGCCGAGCGACCAACCGCCCGACCCACGCCGGCACCGCGUGGUGUGCAAGCACUGGUUGCGAGGGCUGUGCAAGCGCGGCGACGACUGCGACUUCCUCCACGUGUCCGACUGCCCUUGGUACGACCGCGGCUUCUGCAAGCACGGCCCGCGCUGCAGGAACCGGCACACGCGGAAGACGGUCUGUGUUCACUACCUCGCCGGCUUCUGCCCCAACGGGCCCGACUGCAAGUUUGCGCACCCGCAGUUUGCGCUGCCAGUCCUCACGCCGCGCAACGAAGGCCCAACGUACGGAGGCACGGGCGCCGGCAUCGGAGGAGGCGGCGACGCGGCGGCGGGCGGCGGCGGCGGCGGCGGCGGCGGCGGCGGCGGCGGCGGCGGCGGCGGCGAUCUCAGUGGCGCGCGCGACUUCGCCUCGGUGACUUGCUUCAAGUGCUGGGAGAAGGGGCACUACGCGAACCGCUGCCCCAACGGGAGGCGCGAGAACCCGCAGCCGGCCGGGCAGGGCGGCGGCGGCGCGCCUCAGCCGGGCGAGAAUGGCAACUGGCUCUGCCCGGCUUGCUCCAACGUCAACUUCCCUAUGAGAAUCGUGUGCAACCGGUGCAAGGCUCCGCGGCCGGACAGACAGGCGGGGGGCCUAGGCGGAGGGGGAGGGGGGCCUGGCGGCGCCGGCGCCGGCGGCGCGUUCGCCGGCGGGCAGCAGUCGCAGCAGAUGUUGCAGCUGAUGAACAGCAUGAUGCAGCAGCAGCAGGGGUUCAUGUAGCGUACAAUAGAGAUCAAAAUAGCAUGUCAUCUCGCGCAUUUUAAGCUCCUCUGAUGUUGUGUGUGA